AUGAGGAAUAAGUUAAAGAUUCAGAAAUUAGAAGAUGCAAAAAAGAGGGCAGCUUCAUAUUUUAGGCGCAAAUCGACUUUGUUAAGGGAAGUGAAGGAGCUUUCUGACUUAUCAUCAACAAAUGAUGUUGCGCUUUUAAUGUUCUCUCCUAUUCCCGACGAUAUGCCAACUUUGUAUACUAAUAGAAACAAGAAUCUCAUAACACUUAAAAUAUUGAGAAAGUUAUCACUUAAGAAGAAGGGUCAUGAUAUCAAAAUAAACCCAAAAAAAUUUAUAGUCAAUGGGACACAAAGGAUUGAGGAUCUAGCGAAGGAAUUGAACAAUUUGUGGAACGAAUUGGGUGAAAUUAAUGAUAAAUUAAGUAAGUGGUCAGAUCCUACAACUAUUGAUGAUUCAGUGGUGAUCAAUGACAUGGAAAAGUUUUUGGUCAAUGAACUUAAUCAACUUCAAAUAAAAAAGGAAAUAUUGAUGAAGACAACUGCCCAUCAUCCAUGGAUGCUACCACAGGCUAUCGGAUCCCCUUGGAAGGCUUGCUCACAAGGCAUGGAAGUCACAUCUUUUGGAGUAAAUCGAGAUAUCACUCAAAUAGCAACCAUCAGUGGAGGAAAUAGAAGAAAUCUUGAGAAUGGACAACCAUUGCCACCUCCAUAG